AUGGAGGCAGAUAACUUAGCAAAAGCAGCGGCCUCAAAAAUUGAGUGGACGAACAAUGCAAUACCCUUGGAGGUUCAGCACCAAACAAGUGUUGAUCAAGAAAUUACUCUUGUUGUAAAGUCAUUACAAGGGACUAAAGAAGAGGUUAGACGAAGAAAAGACAAAUUGGUAAACGAGUUGAACAGUGUGUUAUGGGCGUUCCGAACGACCCCAAAGAAGGCUACUCGUGAAACCCCAUUUUCAUUAGUUUAUGGAACAGAAGCAGCCAUCCCGAUAGAAGUCGGAGCUCCCAGUGUAAGAACCUUACAUUACAAUGCAACAACAAAUGAUGAGCAAAUGAGACCUACAUUGGAUCAAUUGGAAGAACAAAGAGACCAAGCUAGUGAACCAAGCAAAAGCAUGCAAAACACAGAUGAUGAGAUUCUACAACAAAAGAGUAAAGGCAAGAAGUUUUCAAAUGGGAGAUUUUGUCAUUAA